GCCAACUCCAACCGCUGACCACCAUGAAUGACCAGCGGCUCAAGAAAAGGAGGAGUCUUUGCCGGUUUGCCCCUGCCUCUGCCUUUGCGUUGCUUCUCCGCCUGCAGUUUCCUCUGCACUUCUUCUCCCUCCUCCGAACUCCAUCAUCGAAUUCGAAUCGAAGUCGCCGACUCGCUGGCCGCCAUGAGCAGCAUCGAGUACGAUUACCUCUUCAAGCUGCUCCUCAUCGGCGACUCAUCCGUCGGCAAGUCCUGCCUCCUCCUCCGGUUCGCUGACGAUUCAUAUGUUGACACUUACAUCAGUACCAUCGGUGUUGAUUUCAAAAUUCGGACGGUCGAGCUCGAUGGAAAGACAGUCAAGCUACAGAUUUGGGACACAGCAGGCCAGGAAAGGUUCAGGACAAUUACAAGCAGUUACUACCGAGGAGCUCAUGGAAUCAUUAUUGUAUAUGACGUGACGGACAUGGAGAGCUUCAAUAACAUCAAGCAGUGGCUGAGUGAGAUCGAUAGGUAUGCUAGUGACAGUGUUUGCAAGCUGCUAGUUGGGAACAAGUGUGAUUUGGUUGAUAAUAAGGUUGUUGAUACCGAAAAGGCAAAGGCUUUUGCGGAUUCACUAGGAAUUCCCUUUAUUGAGACAAGUGCAAAAGAAUCCAUCAAUGUUGAGGAAGCUUUCCUAACCAUGUCAUCAGAAAUAAAGAAAAGGAUGGCAACCCAACCCAGCGUGGAGAGAAGACCCACCGUCCACGUUCACAUGAAAGGGCAGCCAAUACAGCAGAAGAGCAGCUGCUGCUCGUCAUAAACAGUCAUAGGCGUCCAGAAAGCAAGGGAGGGUAUACCUGCAGACCUGCAGUGCUCCAUUCCUAUCAUCUGGUGGACUUCAGGUUUGGUGAGUGGUUGGAUGGAUGCUGCAAGACUUUGUCCAGUCAAGAUUAUAUUGGAGAAGGCACUGGAUGGAAGGGAUACUAAGUAUGUAUCAUUUUAGCAGUAUAUAGAUGUCUAUCCUUAGACAGAUUAGCAUUAAUUGCACAGUUUGUAUCAGUAUUAAGCAGCAAAAUGUACCAACUGAUCUUAAAAACUGCAGUUAAUUGCAUGAUAUACGGUGUGAGCGCUGGUUGCUGAUUGUUGAAUAUGAUAAUUGAGCUUAUCUGUCUCA